AUGUCGACCUCGUCACUGGCACUGUUGCUGCUGUUAUUAGCGCUAGGGGGGGCACCCCACGCCGCGGCGGAAUUUCUGGGGUGUAAUUACAGCCUUUUCUUUGAGCCCUCCAUGACCUCGCUGGCGAUUAAAAAGUUUUACAGCAACACGGGAGGCCGCGAGCGGUGGCCCAAACAGUUUACGCGGGGCUGGGAAACAGAUGAGCCGUGUGCGUGGGACAAUGACGAGAGGGCCCAUCCCGCACCUGCCGGACUUCGCUGUGUGAAUGGAAGUGGACACCUUUUUCCGCCGGUAUCUGAUGGGGGUCUUCUGUUUCUGGAGCACUAUAGCGGUGAAGCAGAGGGCGAAAUACCACGGGAAUUCAAGGCCUUUCAGAUGACGAGCUUCAUUGGUCUUUCCUUCAACAAAUUGAACGGAACAAUAUGGGACACGAGCUAUCAUUGCUUCAUGCAGAAAUUGGACUUGGCGCACAAUCGCCUCAGUGGUUCGCUUCCGUAUGACUUCAUGGCGCGGAACAUCCACGUCGAGAUUAUUAAUUUGGCAUACAACGAGUUUAGUGGGGCGUUGCCGAGAUCGUUGUCGACACUGAAAAGCCUUGUGGUGCUGCUCCUGGAACAUAACCGCUUUUCGGGUGAAAUACCGGAUUUGUUUUUGCUGCAGAGGCUGCGCCACAUUUCACUCGGGCACAACAACUUCUCCGGCCGCCUGGGCCCAUGGGUUGCACAGAUGGCGAACUUGGGGUGGUUGGAGCUGCAGCACAAUCGCCUGGAAGGGCCUCUUCCGGAGCUGCCAGCGAAAAUCACUCGCGUGGAUUUUGCUGGUAACAACUUCUCAGGCAGUGUCCCGGAGAGUUACGGCGAACUUGCUUACAUGAGGCACUUCAACUGUACCGGUUGCAGCUUAACCUGCCCGCGGUACAAUCUUCUCAGUCAUCUUCGCUACUCGUCGCACUGCAAAGAAAACUAA